AUGAGCCCCCUUCGAUCGUUUCUUGUAAUUUUUGUUUCUUUGUUGUUUGUUUCUUUGUCGUUCGUCACAUCGAUAUUUACACCGUGCAAUGGCAAAUCCCAGCUUGGCGGUUCUUGCGAUCUAAAUGUCGACUGUGAAAAUAAGGGCUCAAUAUGCCUUCGGGGCAAAUGUCGGUGCCAUCCACAUUAUAUCGAGGUUGCCGAUGAAAAGCGUCAAAAUUCACACUGUAAACGAUUGCCAGCAAAAAUCGGUGAAGUGUGCUCCACAAAAUGUCGCGAACCACUUUUCUGUCGUAGCGGUCAAUGUCAGUGCGUUCAGCGCGGAACUACAGCACUUAUCAGUGGCGAAUGUGUCUCAAUGAGUCGAGUGGGUGAUCGUUGUACACGACAUUAUGACUGCACAGCACCAUUUUCUGCAUGUUUGAAUUCUCAGUGCGUUUGCAUAAGUGGAACUGUUCAACAAGGAACUAAAUGUGUUGCAACACCUAACUGUCCCCUCGGAGGGAAACCAGGUAAUAUGUGCGUGAGAAAAGCAACUAAACAACAAGUCGAGAAUUUCAUUCAAGGAGCUGAUGAUUGUCCCCUCGGACAGGUUUGUAUUGCUUCCGGUGAUUCAUCUGUGGGUCACUGUUGUCCUGUGGUUUGUCCUUUAUCUACCGAACCAGAUAUAAAUUUUUCGUGUGAACAGAAUGCGACGAAACGAUGUCCAUCCGAUACUCAUUACUGCCAUCGGCUUUCAGACGGGGGUUUCUCUCAGUCAGUGUGCUGUCGACGUCCGUGUAAUGCUAUUGCUCCUAAUGCUUUAUAUAUCAAUGGUAUUUGUACAACACGAGGACAACUGAACUCACAUUGUACCAGUAAUGAACAAUGUGGCAGUGGUGAAAGUAUGCAGUGUAAUCGAGGUCAAUGUGAAUGUUUGGCUGGUUUUCAUCCUCUUGUCGAUUCAGUGACAAAUCCUCAACGGAAUCCAAGUCAAACUUGUAUUCGCGAUUGUGAUUCAGAAUCACUUUCAAAGGAUACGAGUUGUUUAAAGCCAAUUGGGCUAGAAGGUCACUGCUUCGCCCAGAAGCAAUGCCCACUGAAUUCUGGAUGCUUCAGGGGCCGCUGUCUGUGCAAAUGUGGUUUUAAACAAGAAGGUUCAAGAUGUGUUCAACCAUCUGUUCCACCCAAACCAUCAACUCCUACGCCAAUAGAAUUGCCAAAAUUGCCUUUAAAUCUAAAAUCUCUUCGAUAUUUCCUCAAAAUCUGUUGCAUUUUUUGUUAA